AAACCAAAGUCAAAGUGGUAGUAAAUGUUUGCAGUAGCGGCGGUUUCCUUGUUUUCUUCGCUCACGAAAUCCAAAGACAAAGGAGGCCAUAAAAGCCAAGGGAAACCAAAAGAGACCAUCCCACUUCACACUCCGGAAGCUCGGCCGCCUCCUCUCCUGUAUGCUCGCCGCCGGCGAUGCCCAGCCCGCUGAAGCGCCCCUCCCUCGGCCGCCUGCUCGCCGCCCUCCGGUCGCCGCCCCGCGUCCCGGUCCAGACCGGCUUCCCCACCGCCCUUGCCGACCUCGUCGUCAAGAACCAUGCCCGCCUCAGGAAGCCCCGCAAGCCGCGCCGCCCCACCACCGCCCUGGCGCUGCCUCCGUCUCCGGCGGAGACACCGGUGGACGUAGCGGAGAUUCCUUCGCUGCCGUCAUCGCCCGGGCCUCUGUCGCCGGUGGUCGUGGAGGGCUCCUCGGCCCCGGUGGCGCGGCGGCUGGACGCGCCCAAAGGCGCCGCCUUCUUCCGGCCCCGCCCGGAGCUCCUCGCGCUCGGCGGGGCCGUGGCGCUCGCGCUCCUCGCCGUGUUGAGCGAGGGGGCCGUCGCGGCCUUCACCAUCGCCUCGCUGGCGCUGCUCUGGAUGGAGUCGGCCUCCCGCCGGCGCCGGCGCUCCUCGCGCCCGGCGGAGCUGCCCGAUUCGCGCGGCCCCGCCGCCGUGUCGCCGAUUCGGGAGGUGGAAGAAGCGCCCGGCUGCUCCGAUUCCGACAAGAGGAGCGAGGGCCCCUCCGAGAGGCGCGAGCUCGUCUCCGGCGGUGAAGAUCCGGCCAGCCCGAAGAGCAAAGCGAGGAGGUCGCUGAGGAAGAUGAUCUCCAAGACGCUGCAGAAGAAGCCCAAGGCGAAGGACGCCUCGGCCUCUAGCGAGGGCGGCGCGGAGGCAGUUAGAACCGAGGCCUUUGUAAUUCCAGCCCCUUCCUUGGCCGAGCAGACGCCGUCGGAAGCAAGCACAGAGUCUUCGCCGGUGUCGGUGGAGACGGAAAGGCGAGGCCUCGCCGCCGGGAAGCUCCCGGCGACGGCGCUUGCCGUGCUCUGCGUGGCCUUCUUCGGCCGGCGCCGUGCAGCAAAUUUAGGCUAGGCCUAGGCAGGCAGUGACCGGCUGAGUGAGAGAGUUCCGAUCAAUCCCCUCGAAACCGGGGGAGAUGAGUGAUCAUCCGUCCGUUUGUAAAAAAUGUGAGACAGAAGCAGAAGAAGAAAUCCAUACAUGUUGAUUUCAGUUUUCAA